AUUUAACUUACAUUUGUGUUACACCACACGUUAUAGUGCAUUCGCUUCUGCUCCUGGAACAUCCUAUUUAGUAACAAUGGACUGUAUGUGAUUAUGAGUCUUGUGUACACGUUGUUUGGGGAGAAUGCCAGCAACACAUUAACAAAGAAUUGCAACUAUCUGGUCAUUCAUUCGCGAUCACGGACAUUGAAGUCUUAGCACUGAGAAACACAGACACUAAAGAAGUCGAAUACUUUUGAAAUUGAAAACUUGAGACUUUUUGAUAGGCAGAGUUACAUUUCUUUUCUUCUUUAAACAAGAAUAUCAAGGAAAGUGAAGCAAUUCAAUCUCCAUACCUUAAUCAAGGUUAUCAUUACAUCUUGUAAAGCUGCUCUAAGAUGAUGCUUUUGAAGAAAAUAAGACUUACUAACGCUUAAUGUUUCAAAGGAGCGGACAUUGAUGGUGACCACUGGAACCUAGACCGCACAACGUGCAGAGUGAUAGGGAAGAAACAAAAAUUCAAGGACAGCGAAAAAGAAAUGACCUUCGCUCUGAAAGAAAAGCGAGCCAAACGAACAAUGGCUAGUUUCAUUAUCACCAAAGCUUCUGCCAUCUUUACCUGCGCUGUAGGUGGAAAGGAACCUCUGUUACUUGUUAAAGCCUCCGCGCGGUGUUGAUUCUUGGCAAUCUGUCUAGUGUAGAUCUGACUGGAAGUAACGCUGAACUCAACUACUUCAGUAACACCGGCGAAAGGCCGAAACAAUCAAAUAUGUAGUCGACGCUGAUAUGUUGUUCUACAAAUAUGUUUAAUACUCAAGAAGGGAAUCGUCCGAUGUCAGUUAUGUCGUACUCAAGUCUACUACUCUACAAGAAGCGUCUUCCUUUUAGCGUCACUUAGAGCGUUCUUAUUUUUUAAAGAUCUGUCACGUCACCUGUCGCUAAUUAAAACUUUCCCCUUAUUCCCGAAACAAAUAACUAAUUCCUAAUCAUGUCAUAACAACCCCAACCAACUUUCAGCUCACCAACAAAAACAUUGCUUUUGGCAAACGGUCGUUCUCGAUGAAGGGAUAUAUGCCCUGCCCAGCGUAACUGUUGAACAGUAUGCAGUCCCUCUACAAUGUCCCUAAAGACAUUCUCAAGAAUAUGGCUGUUUGCAGUACGUUCUUCCCAUCUAUGUCCAAGUUGGAGCGCAGACAUCUUUAUUGAAAGCGUUCAAGAAACUUCAGUUGCUUUCUGUAAGGUACCCAUUUCGCAGAUCUAUAAAGAUUGAGAGAACCACUGCUAGGUAGAUUUUGAGUAGGCAGGCGAAGCAUAUUUAUUCUGACAAACCCUCUCUUUAAAGACCAGAUUAGGCGCCAGCUUGGGGGAACACCUGAAAGCAGGCGUCUUCCGAACGAGACAUCUGGAGAUUUCUUUUAUAAGGCCACGGGAUACACAUUUGAGACCAAAAGGCAAUUUUCUGCCAAGGACAGAAGGUGCAAAGAGAACCUAACAGGCAAUGGUUUGCACUGGAAAAUAUGUAGAUUCCAGCUAGGACUACGUAGCAACGUGAAAUACCGUAUUCCCCCUCCUUAAUUUUGGGAUUCGAAGACAAAACUUAUUAAGUGGACAGGAAGAAGUCUCUCCAGAUUGGGGCUUUACAGUAGCAUGAACAAGUGUUCUAUGAGAUGAACAUAAGGAGGAAGUCAACAUGUCUGUGGUGUUACCCCGAGACUAAAAGUUGGGGCUAUUAUAAAGGGAGAAUAAGACUUGCUGCCAACAUGUUUGUAUUGAUAGAGUGUGGAACACAAAGUCAUGAAGUUACUGGUUAACAAGAACAACUUAAUGUAACUGCCCAUAACACGAGUUCAAUAAACCCUACAUGGCUUUUAGAUAAGAAACUAUUUGAUCUUUGAAAAACUUCAAACUACAUCUGAAACAGUCUCACAAGGAGAAUGGCAGUUUGAGAACCCCUGCACCCAAGCAGCAGUUAAUACAAUUAGAAACUCCACGCCUUGUUUAUGACCUCCCCUUACAUCAGAUCGCAGCCUUUGUCCCAAUCAGUCGGUCAUAAGAUAUUUCCCAAAACCAUUCACAGUGUAACACAAGCCGAGAGUCUCCCAGUGAGAAUUAGAGCAAAACUAAAGCGCCAGAGUUUUAAAUUACAUUUCAGGCCCAAGCUAGUUUACAUAUAUAUAUAUAUUGUCUUUUGUACCAUUGUAGUGAAGAGCUUUUUAUAUCACUUAUGUGGUCCACUAGUGGCCAUAAACCGUCUUAAGUGUGUCUAUAAAGAGCGUGACUCAAUGGUUUGUUAUUGUCCUCUUUAAAAAUAGGUCCACUUUAUGUCUGUAUCUCGAGCGAUCUGUUUCUGUACUGACUAGACAGACAAUGAUUGUGUGUUCACACUUGGAUACUAUUCAAUGUACUUGUUUACGCACUGGCCCCGUGGAUAGUGUGAAGGACGAGUAGGGAACUUCCACUGAGAUGUUCCACGUGUACAAGUCACAAGCCAAGAGAUGCAGAUUUAGACUAACUACAAGUUAACAAAGGAUUUGGACUUCUUGUCUAUGAUUGGAGAAAUAAAUCAAUCUCUUUUCAUAGAAAUAACGUUGAGAAAUAAAUUGAUCUCUUAUCAUAUAAAUAACAUUGAGGUCGCUUUGUUAGUUUAGAAAACACUGGGGGCUGCUAACUCAGCAGAAACUGCCACCAUGAGGGAGGAGGAGGUAGAGGUGGCUAUUAAAGUAGUAGUGGUUGGAAAUGGAGCAGUUGGAAAAUCUAGUAUGAUUCAACGUUACUGCAAAGGAAUAUUCACCAGAGACUAUAAAAAAACAAUUGGUGUUGACUUCUUAGAAAGACAAAUUGAGAUUGAUGGUGAAGAAGUACGUCUUAUGCUGUGGGACACUGCUGGACAAGAAGAAUUUGAUGCCAUCACUAAGGCCUACUAUAGAGGUGCUCAGGCGUGUGUUUUAACAUUCUCCACGUUAGAUCGUGAAUCAUUUGAAGCCAUUGAAUCAUGGAAAAAAAAAGUUGAAGAUGAAGUUGGUGAAAUAGUAAUGGUUCUUGUACAAAAUAAGAUUGAUCUGAUAGAUGAUGCAGUAGUACACACGUCUGAAGCAGAGGAACUUGCCAAAAAAUUAAAGUUGAGAUUUUACCCUACAUCUGUGAAGGAAAAUUUAAAUGUGGAAGAAGUCUUUAGAUACUUAGCAACCAAAUAUCUGGAGAGGUUGAACUCUGUUGUUGAUAUUGAACCUAAACAUAAAAAAAUUGGCAUAGGUGGAUCUGAUGGAGGUACAUUUAGUUUAACCUCAAGCAAGAAAAAAGGUUCAAGUAAAAAGUCUGUGUUGGUUCAACGUUGUUUAGUUUAGUUUGGAAUGGAAUGCCACCUUGAAGGUUCUCUCAUCUUUAUUUAUCAAACAGAAUCUCCUUUUAUGUUCAGAGAGAAUUCAUUUAUAAAAUUUUCUCUUUUCAUUUUUUUUUAAACAAAUUAUUUACUGUUUUGUUUGUUUGUUAAAUGUAUUGCUUUUUACUUCCCUAGCCUCUUUUGAAUGGCUCCAAAUGAAAGUAAGCUAAACAAAAUAUUUACUGUUAUUGAUUUUUUGUUCUUGUAUUCCAAGUGAUAUAAAGUGGGAUCUCACUUGGCUCAAAAAAAAAAGAACAACUUUUUUAUUGCCUGUAAUCAGUUGUACAUGCUCUAUCAAUGUUAUUAUUUGGCAUGAUCAGAUUUUAAUUCAUUGUGCUUUCUCUAGGAGCUAAUCCUUAUUUCUGUGUUUUUUAUUUUUUAAUUAAUUACAAAACAGUGAUUCAAAUAUAAUAUGUCUAUUUUCACCUGUAAUUAUAAUAUUUUAUCACAUUCCAGUUUUAUUUUUUCUCCUGGAGAGUUUAAGUUACAUGGUUAAAACUCAGUUUAUUUAAAAAAUUGAAAAGAUUUCUGUUUACAUUCCUCUUUUAAUGAUAAAGUAUUUUCUGUCUCUGUUCAUUGACAUAUAAUAGUCAACCCUAUUUUAGUUAUUAUUUGAUAAAUCAUCUUUUGUCAUUUGCUAUCCUACAUCUUAGUUUAUUUAUUUUUUUAAAUAUUUGUAAAUUCAUGACAUUCCUUGUAUUCGUUUUGUUUUAUUGCUGUACAUUGUUUGUGCAUAUUUUAAGAAAAGCUAUUGGAAUCACAUGAAGAAAAAAAUCUCAAUUUAAGUAAUUAACUCAGCCUCACAAAUUAAAAUUGUCUUACAAAAUUAAAUCAAAACUUUUUAGAUAUAAUAGCCAGAUUUAGUAAGUAAACAUUGAAUUUAAAAAAAAAAUAAUUGGUCAUAUAGAAUAAGUACACUGUUAAAAAAUGAAAUGUUUCCAAACUUCACACAAAAAUAUAUGCUUCAACCUUUUUGUUCAGACUGUAUUCAAUCAGAAUUUUUCACUAAUUUCCCUUUGUAAGAAUGUGAAGAAAGUUAAAGUUCUAAAACAAAAUGUACUCAUUCUCCCAAUCUAAUACCAUAUCAUUGAACCCACCUUGUAUCCUUAUUUCUAAUUCUUUUGACAAGCUGAAAAUAUUUUAGCACUCACACAAAGGUAUUUCCAGAUAAAUAUUUUAUUUAUAUUUGAUUUUAUCAUCCUUAUUAUUGAAAUUAUUUGAUGUUACCAUUGAAACUGAUUUGGUUGUCUCUUUUUCAAGUAUAAAAUUCUUAGAUUAUAGAUCUAAAUAUUAAUGUUUCUAGUUGUUUUUUAUCAAAAUCAAAUUUAGUAAUAAGCAAUAGCUACUAACACUUGAUGUCAGAUAUGUAACCGUAGACUUUUGAACUAGGUAAUUUAAAUAUUUACGUUGUACUAAAAAAAAAAUUUUUUUUAUUUUGUUAGACUACCUAAACAAAUGUAUUUGAAAUGAGUACAACCAAUAUAGUGGAUAUUAUACUAUAUUUGUCAACUGCUCAAUUGUUAGAACAUUUCUUUACUUGCCAGAUUGGACUUUGUAAAACUAUUUGCUGCUGCAUGAUGGUGCCAGUUUUUUUUUUAACUAAUGUACAUAUUGAUGCAUUCAAUUUUGUUUCCAAAUUUCGUUAUCAUUUGAAUGAUUAGCUCUGAUAUCAUGUACAAUAGUUGCACUUUUAAAAUGUUUGUUUUCUUAAUGUAUAAUUUUAUCUUUUUAAUUUUUUUAAAAGCAUAUUUUGUUAGUUUUCAUGUUGUUAUUGAAUGACUAUUUAUUUUACAUUAUUGUAUAGUUUUAUUUUUUGCUGCAAUUUUUUUUAAAGCCAAAGCAAUAAUGAAAUUAUUGAAAGCUAACAUGUAGAGAAUAUUGAGUGCCAAUUUUAUUAUUACAAUUUUUUUUUUUUACAGGGGAAAAAUACAAAAUAACUGCUGAAGAAAAAAAUGUAUACCCUUAUAUGCUAUUUUUAAAAAAAGUUAAAAGUAAAAUUUGUUAAAUAGAUAUCUAUUUUUCUGUACAAUUUAAUCUAAUGGCUUAAAGAAGAAAUAAAAGAGAAUUAACUGUUUUUUAACAUACUAAAUCUAUUGUGAAUUAUUGUUUGUUUGUUUUUUUGUCUUUAAUACAAGAAUUUAGUUAAUUGAUUGCAUUAAGAGCUUUUAAAGAUAUUUAAUACAAAAGUAUACCAAAGUUAGCUCCUUUUUGGUAAAGUGAUAAUUUAACUUUUGUAUGAAACAUGACAUUCCUGCCAAAACUCUCAUCUAUAUGUUUUAUUUUAUGUGAUUAUUUUUAGGAACAUAUAUUGUAUGUUAUAUUUUAUAUUUAAAAAAAUUGUUUCAUAUUAUAUAAAUAUAUAUAUUUUUAUUUAUUUAUUUUGAUUAUCAUCAUAACAUCUGGUUGGGGGCACUAUAUAGGUUGUGGAAUUAUUGUUGAUAUUGGUGUUUCAUGAAAUCAUAAUUUACAAGCUAUAUCAAUUUACUUUUUUAUGAGAAUGAAAUUGUAAUAUUUUUAAUAGACCAAGGGAACAUUGAAAAGUUAGUUGAACUUUAAAGAAUUUAAAAGUAUAAGUCAAGAAAAUUCUAUGAAUGAUAUACUAACAUAUUUUCUUAGACUUCAAGGGUAUGAAAUAAACAAUAAAAACAAAAAAAGAAAUAUUUAUUGAAUUAAAAAAUAAAAAACAUGAUUUCAGCUUUCAUAUGCCCAACUAAAUUACAAUUUAAGCCUACUUACAUUCUAAAAAUUAUAUAUUGUUAUAUAUAUAUAUAUAUAUAUUAAAUACUAUAUUAUAAAUUAUUUACAUAAAUUUUUGUCAGUGCAGUGUGCUGGAUUAUGAGGUGUUGGUUGGACUAUCAAGUCAACUGUAUAUAUACUCGAGCAAUAAUACAGCAAAAUUAUUAACUAACUACAACUUGUUUAUCAUUACAAAUUUGUCACCCUAAAAAACAAAGUGCUUUAAGUAAUCAUAACUAUGGAAUUUUGUGAGGGGGAGAGGGGGGGGGGCUUCAUUGUAUGGUGCUAUAUCAGCAUUAAUGUAAACUACAGUGUGAUUUCUAAUUUUCUUUCAUUCACUUUAAAUAUGUUUAUGCUUAGAAUUUUUUUAACAAAAAUAAAUUUCAAAUACACAUCCACAACAAAAGUCAUCAACAAGUAGAUCAUGUAUGCUUUUUACAUUUUAAUUGUAUUGUUGGAAUGAAUUUGAUACUUACAUUCUUGCUUCUGAAGAAUUUAUCAACAUUCUUGAUCAAAGCAAUUGUUACUUUAUCAGUUUAGAAACUUUAUCAGUUUAGAAAGAUAUGUUUAUAUAGAUAGUUAUUUAUCUACUUUAUGUAUAAACUGUCAGGUGUUUCAUUCAUCUUUCUAUUUCAUAGUUCAAUAACCUACAGAAUAAUAUUUAAUAUAUAUAAUUCUAAAUUUAUAUUUAUAAUUUUUUUUUGUAAACUUCACAAAUCAGCUGAAUGAAAAUGUAAUUUUUGCCAUUAUCCUAAUGUAUGAUUUGAUUGUUAAUUAAAAAAAAAUAUGAACAAAGAAAUGUACUUACCUUAUGGACCAUUAAAUUUUAGCUAUUAUUUUUAGUUCUUUUUUUAAAUUUAAAAUAUGUUCAUGUUUAGUACCUAUUUGUUUUAUAGUUUUGUAUUUUCUUAUUUCAACAAGAAAAUGUUACAACUUUGACAAUAUUUUAUUAGAAUAAUUUUCAGUUAAUGCCAGUCAUCACAUAUUGUCUCAAUAAAUAAAAUGUACAUUUCUUUCACUGGUUUUCUUAAAGCAAUGUAUUUUUAUAUUAUACAGCGUCAGGUGUUUAUUUUUUCACCUAGUAAACCUUCAUUGUCCAGCUUUAAAUCUAGUCCCCCUGAAUUUACACUUGUGAUGCAGGGGCCAGCUUUAUUUUGUUAUUUUUGUUACUUCUGUACUUGUGUUUACAUCUAGCUGCUGCAACACUGAUAAUAUAGACAUCUAAAGGAUAUAGGAUUAGUCCAAAAGUGUUGGGAAUAAGAAAGUAAUAGGUAACAUGUUUUCAAGAGAUCAUAGGACCAGGUCCUAGGACUAUAUAGAACAAACUUUUAUUGUAAGUAGAACAACAAUUAUUGAGUCCACUAUUUAAAAAAUUUACGGUUUGCUAUCGAUUGUUCAUUAAUAAAAGUAUAACUAAUUACUUUCCCUGAUAUUAUUAUUUAUUUAAUUAAGUAUAACCAAUCAAAUUUGUCCAAUUUAUAAUGUGUUUUUUUUUUCAUGCUUACAGAAAAUAAACUGCUUAUAUUUUGAAA